UACUAUUAUCACGUUACGAUACGCUACGCGAACAGCUGUUAUAACCUGUUAUAGUUGGGUCGCGGUGAAACAUAAUUUUUACCUAGGAAAGUUCAUUAAAUUUGACAAUAUGCAGGAGCAAGAUAUCCCAAUCGACAUUAAUACUGGGAAAUUGUUAGACUGGCUGCUUAAUCGAAGGCAUUGCAAAAAAGACUGGCAUACGAAUGUUUUGAGUAUUAGAGAGAAAAUUAAUAAUGCAAUACAAGAUAUGCCUGCUCAUGAUGGCAUUGCCACAUUGUUAUCUGGAGCUUACAUAAAUUAUUUUUACUGUGUCAAAAUUGUGGAAAUUUUGAAAGAAACGGAAGCAGACACGAAAAAUUUAUUUGGGCGUUACGGUUCUCAGAGAAUGAAAGACUGGCAAGAGAUUUUACGAUUAUAUGAGAAAGAUAAUGUGUAUCUUGCGGAAGCUGCACAAAUGCUUAUGAGAAAUGUUAAUUAUGAGGUCCCUAGUAUAAAGAAACAAAUACAGAAGUUAGAGCAAUCGAUAACUGAUCUAGAGAAAAAGGAAGCAGAGUAUAAAAAAUCAGAGAAUAUUGCACGUUCAGAGUAUAAUACGUCGUGCAAACAAUUAGGUAUAACUGGUUAUAAUACAUUCAGACGCGAGUUAAUAGAGAAAGUCAAAGAACUUCCAGAAAUUUACCACAAAAUAGCGGAGAAGACAAAAAGUCUGGAUAAAGUAGUAGAGUUUUACAGUGCAUUUGUCGAAUUUACUUUUGGCCAGCAGUACGAUGGCAACUGCGUACCGAUGAUUAAAUAUGUGAUAGAAAAAGGAAAUACAACAACGUUUGAAUAUAUUUAUGGAGAAGCACCAGUAUCGAUAACUGAACCGCCAUUAAACAUCAAAGUGGAUGAAGAUGAGAAUAAUGAGAAAGCUGAUAUUACUAUGGACGCUAAUACCGUUGACUUUGGCAACUUGGACCUGAAUGGAGAAAUUGACUUUGGUGAAGAAGUCAGUUUGGACGCAGGAGGUGAUAUCGAUUGGGGUGACGCUGCGGAGCAAUCUGCAGGAGAAGAAAUAGAUUAUAAUAUUUCCUGGGAGGAAUCGGGUAUAGUUGUGGAAGCGGCAGGUCAAGAAGGUGGGAUGGCUGUUGGGACAGAAGCGUAUACAAUAUUAGAUAAUCCCACGACGAGAUCCGAAUUUAUUAAUCAGCUGUUCGAGCUGCAAGCAUUUAUGAAGUUACGUUUGUACGAGUUCAAAGGAAAUGACAGGAACAAUCUCCUGAGCUUCAGCCAGAUGCAGGAUGCCUCUCCUAUUCUGCAACUUUCUACCACGGAAACUACUCAAAGUAUGCUGGAUAAUGUUCAAAUUGUCCUGUCUGAAAUAUUACACAACGAUGUCCAACAUUUGCACAACAUCAAACAUUAUUCAAGGUACGUAGAUGUAGUGGCUGUCUCUUUAAAGCAGAAGUUAAACCUGAUCGAUAGAAUGGUAAAGCAACAAAAAUCCGUCCAGCAACAGCAAGAGGAUGCGCGGAAUCAAAUCGAGAAAUUACGUCCGUUAUUAAAACUCGUUAUACAACGCACCAAGGAACUGCAAGUAGAGAUCGAGCAAGACAUUUCCAAGAGAUACAAGAACAGAAUAGUACAUUUGACCGGAGGUAUAAAUACAUUGUAAUACAAAUACAUUGUAAAUGUCGGACAAUGAAAUUGUUGCAUUGAAAUAAUUUGUAAAUAAAUUCUAUGUUAAAAUAUACAAAAAAAUGAAAUACUUUGCUACACUGUACAAAAUAUACGAUAUGAUUUUUUACUCUUA